AUUACAUUAACUCGACUUAUUUUAUACAAUGUGGCGUGGUCUCUGAAAUUCAGGCUUUACAAUUAACGGCCAUGAAAUGAAUACCACCGAAAUAUUAUCAUCAUACAUCAAGAAGCUCGGCCAUCCUUUGAAGGAGAUUCGUGAGCGUGCCUUGAAGCUGUUAAUAGCCAAAUUAGAGUUGGGUUGGCAGCUAGACGAUGAAUUGGCGGGAACCCGACACCUGUUGGAAUCCCUGCUGGCCUGGUUUCACGUGGAGCAACCGUCCAAUCAGCAGGAGGCUUUAUACCUGCUUUUGAAAAUUAUAAAGACACAAUCAGGGACAUACAUAGUUAAGGAAUAUGGACUGAAAAAGCUUCUUUCAGAACUGAACAAGCUAAGUGACAAGCUAGACCCACAUGCGGCAGAACUUUAUGAUGAUGUUAUUGAUACUUUACGAUUUCUGAACACUGUACAGUCACAAGAGAGUCUUUCUGUUCCACAUUUGAAUAUACCUUCUGGAACCAGCUCUGAUUGCGAUGAUGGAUCAAGUGCUGACAAUGACUGCCUUGGUGCUAACUACCAAUCUUCACAGGCAUCUUCAGAAUCCCAUGACGAAAUUAAUAUUAAUAGAUGUAGCAUUUCAAAAACCUGUGAUGGCAUAAAGAUUCUACUGUUUCCAUGGGCCAAUAUGGGAACAUCAGACACUAAGACAAUACUUCUGAUUGAAGAUGCUCUGAAUCUGCUCAAGUCUACUAGACGGUGCUGUCGUUUUAUAAGAGAUGUCUUCCUUAGGGAUUUUCCAGCUGAAAUAUUUCUGAAUAGGCCCAGUAUUAUUCAGUAUUUACUAGCCAUAUUGGAGCGAGGCAACGGCGGCAAGUUGUCAGAGCCACUGCAUGUACUGUUGUGUGUGACGCGCGCCCUCACCUCGCGGCUGAAGCAGCUGUACUGUCUGGACCUGAUACAUGAGGCUGAUAAGCUCCACAUAACCAAAGGCCAAGAGUCAGAAGACAAAGUGAACACAGAGCUAGAGGAGAUAGUGAGCGACGUGCGACAAGCGACCGGGUUCCGUAGCAAGGAGGACGGACUGCAGGCCCUGAGACAGUUGCCGGCGCCAAUAUUUGCUCUGGAUGCUCUCCAGACGAUCCUGGGUGCCAUGGCUAGAAGUGUGCUGUUGGCUGACGGUAGUGGCAAGAAUGAGGGCUUGGAUUUAAAUGAACUUAACAUCUGCAUUAGUUUAGUUGAAAGUUUAAUUGGUUUGCUGUUAGACUGUGUGAAUGCUAGUUUCUGGACUAUGGACCACAACACCAAGACAUAUAGAGAUAUUGCGCACAAAAGUUGUAUGGUCAUGCGAAUGUUUGGAGACCUAUUAACUAAAUACAGGUCAUCAUACACUUCUACCCUCGACCGCCACGCACACCGGCUGGCGUGGCUGCGGCUUCUGCCCAGCGCCCGCCGCCUGCUGCAGUGGACCGCGCGUUCCGCCCUCGCGCCCGCCGCUCUAGUCGCAGCCUUGCAGAGCGCCAGAUUAGACCCCGCGUUGGAUAUGUUCUAUGAGGGAGUGGCGGGAGAUGUUGGGGACUGUUUGAUGGCUACUGAAACUGCUUCCAACAAGGAGUACAAAAGCAAAUACAGAGAGUUGAAGAAACUUUUCUCAGCCAUGGCGGACGCAGUCACAUUUAUGAAAGACAAAGACUCUAUCGGACUCACAAAGAAAGUUCUAACAUGCAUAAAGAACUCCCUUCCGGUAUUAGAAUUGCAUCUCAAUGAGAUCUAUUUGAAAGAUGUAGGGGAGAUUCUGCUAAAAAGACUCAAAGACUGGGAGCUCAGUGAUAAGGAGUGGAGUGAAGCCAGGAGCACAGCCUUAGCUCUGAUGGCUCAUAGUAACGAGUUUGUUCAGAGUAGGUUCUAUGCGAUGAUGGCGGAGGUUGUGAAAAUGGUGUUUGUCGAUGAAGACGGUGAUCAUUUGGAGAACGAGAAGUGUUUGAUGCUGUUCUGUGACGUCGGGAUACUGACUGAGAUCUGCUGUCAUGGACUGAACUCGGAAUCUUCAGAGGUGUCAACAAGUGCAGAACAGAUAAUGCUGUAUCUCCUCCGCGGACGGAUGCUCUUGUCUGAGAAGUGCUGGUGGCGUCUCCUCGCUAGCCUGAUGCCCGUCUUCCCGCUUCUGCAUGCUUACGCCGCACAUGACACUGUUUUAGGCCAAGCAAUCUGCAAGUCCCUCGAGCCGGACAUAUCAGAGUGCAUGGGGGUGUCCCGCGCCGAGGCGCUGGCGGGGCUGGCGCGGCUGCUGUUCGUGGGGUGUCCGCCCGUGCAGAUGGACGCCGCUCUGUGUCUGUGCUGUCUGUUAGAUGAAGAGAAAUUCCUGCCUCCCAAAGAGUCGCUGAGGUCAGAUGUUCUGUUGUCGGCUCUGAGAAGGGUCGAAUGUUCCGAUUUCAAUGUGGACUUCUCAAAAACCACACCCAAAUCGCCACAGACCUCAGGCCUAAUUCAAAUCCUCGACGUGCUAAAACAAGACAUAACCCUGGACGAGGAAGGUCAUGGCCUGGCCAUCCACAGCAUCCACGUGGAGCCAGCCCUGGAACCCUCGCUGCGGCGCGCCACGCUGCAGCAGCUGUCAGUGCUGAUGAUGAAGAGCGAGCUUCACGAGACCUUCGAGAGUUAUGAUGGGAUUAAGAUCGUUGUUGCCAUUUUGAGGUUGUCUUUGCUGGUGGAUGACUUCUUAGCAUUCCCGGAAUGCGCAAUCAGCUGUGUGUCAAUUCUAAAUAGCAUAUGCUAUGGAAGCAGACAUUCGUUAGCUAAAAUUACUGAUCUCCCUGCGCUUCUGCUCAGAGUGAUACUAAUAUUCCCUGCCAACGAGGCGACGGUGCAAAUGGCGUCGCAAGUGCUAGCCGUGCUAGCAUGGGCGGGAUUCACCCUGCAAGAGCUGGAUAAAGACAGGAACCGCGUGCUGGCUCUGCCGAGGAGUGUGGUCCAGAGGACCAACCUCCCGUUCCCUGCUCAGGAGUACUGGAGGACUAGUCCGAAUACUGUGCAUUCUUCGAUUGAAUGGCUCCAAUCUGAAGAAGACUACCGCUCAGCGAUCAGGGUUCACUGGUCGUAUGCCUGGAACGGCACCCGCAUACUCCGCGACGCGCCGCCGCCGCCCGGCCCGCUGUCCCUCCGUCCCACCGCGCACGAUGUGGCAACGUUGCAAUCCGCCUGUCCGGUGUAUGCUAGCUCUAGAGCCUUGCUGAUGCUGCAGAACGCUACCAGCCAUUUGCAAGUCAAUGAGGCGUUGGCUUUGCUUUCCGGUUACACCCACUUGGUAUCAGCUUCAUCGGUAGAGGCUAGUGAGUUCGCAUCUCUGCCGUGGAAUGUCACUUUGUCAAGGUUUCUGACCGCACCACCAGCCUCUCCGAGAGACAUUGUUCUACUGACUACAUUGUUGAAGUUUGUGCUCGAUUAUAUGGACCACGUGCCGAGUGAUGGUGGCACAAAAGAGUGGAUCAAAACCUCCUUCAUCGACAGCAGUGCUAGCAUGGUAACCCUGCUCAGCCGAGACCAACUAUACCCUCAACAAACCUUACAAGACAACAUAGAAGUCACCCAACUACACAUCCAUAUUGUGAAAGUAUUGUUACGAUGCGUAGUAUUGAUGGAGUGGGAAAAAGACGGAGAUGCAGGAAAGAGAGAGAGCAUGUUGAAGAUAUUGUUGGCUUGCUUGGAACGGAUUGACUUGAAGAACUUUCAUAUGUUAGGCUACCUCAACGAGCUGAUGCGUUGUAUCCGCUACAUCACCAACUCUCCCCUCACUAUCCUCUCUGAAGACACGUCUACCGACUGCCUGCGUCUGAUGGCCCGCACGCUCGCGGUGUGCGGGGGCGGCGCGGGGCGGAAGGGGCAGGGGUGCCGGCUGGAUGGAGUGAUCACGUUGCUAGCCCUGUUGCGAGGCUUCCAAGAAAGACAGGUGCCUGUGCAGCGAUGGGGCUCGUUCUUCGACGGCGCCGCGGUGCUCUCCAUAGUCUCAAGUGCUACAUGCGCACGCGCAGAGCUGCGCGCCGGCGCGCUGAGUGUGCUGGCGGCCUUAGCGAACCACGCCGCCAUCUUGCCGCAACUCACUGACGAAUGGGUCUCCAUCUUCGACGGCGCGACGGUGCUCUCCAUAGUCGCUAGUGCUACGUGCGCACGCGCAGAGCUGCGCGCCGGCGCGCUGAGUGUGCUGGCCGCGUUGGCGCACCACGCCGCCAUCUUGCCGCAUCUCACUGACGCAAUACCAGCCUCGUCCAUAUCUGGCUUCGCGGCGGCCAUGUUUGCGGAGAAGAGAGAAGCGAACGCGGUCCGCGCGGCCGCUGCGACGCUGCUGACGGCUCUGUGCGCGCGCUCCUCUUCACAUUCAGAGGUACACGAUAAUGAGAUACUUCAACGGAUGCACGAAUAUUACUUCAUGGAGAACUGCUUGGAAAUACUCGUGGAGUUUUGCGAAAAUAAGGCCGAAUACGUUAAUUAUCUGGAGCCCAACGUGCCUUUAUCUCUCAUGGAGCGCCGCACGGAGCUAGAGGUCCGGGCUAUGAAGAGCGACGGUCUGCAAGUCACGCCAUCUUGUCCGAAGUUCGGGAAAGCUCCUCCGACCACUGGCUUGGUCGUGGCGUUGGCAGACGUCAUUUAUAACGUCGUUGCUUUUGCAAACUGUCCUGUGCUGGCGUGGAAUGAACAGGGACUGUUCCGGCUAUUGUUCAAAUGCACAUCCUGGUCAUCAGCCGCACGGAGCGACAACGCGGCAGUAAGAGCGGCAACGUGCCGCGCGCUGGCCCGCGUCGCCGACGCACACCCCGCCGUGCGCGCCGCCCUCGCCCACACCAGGGACUGUCUGCAUUCCCUGCUGGAGACUCUGGCGCCGGCUGAUGACGGUAACAUAUGGACACUCUCCUGCAGCCGCACGGAGCGACAACGCGGCAGUAAGAGCGGCAACACCAGGGACUGUCUGCACAACUUGCUGGACUCACUAUACUUGACAAAGGAGCACAUCUCAGCACUAGCACAAGCGCUACUCCUGCUAUCCACACUGCUGAGGGAGCGAGCGGCAUGCGACACCGUGUGGCGGCAACUCCAGGAGAACCAUUCUGGGACCUUCUUCCAUCUGCUGCUGCAGACCUUGGAGGUGGAUGAAAGCGAGUUACAAGAAGCCGGCCUCUACUGCAUAGCGAGCCUCACACAGUCGAUAUCAAAGAUGAAGCAUAAAGACGACACGACUGAUGACUCGUGGAUACAACUCAUAGAUAACUUGAAGUCACCAUACUUUGAAAUAGACACGCCAAGAGUGAGGGAAGACUUUUGUUCUGGAGAUGGACCGGAUAGCAAUUGUCAGCCCGAGUAUUUAGUCGAAGAGCUAUGUAAAAACCUUAUGUAUCUUUAUCAGAAGCAUUCCGUCGAUAAAAGGAAUUUCCAAGCUAGUCCGGAAGGAAACUGGACCCAAGCCUGUUCAAGCCUAUCCUCCCUACUAUCUGUCAGCGGGCGCGCGCGGCACUACGCCGUUCAUCGCGAGUUCAACAAGACUUUACUGCUGACGCUUCAGGGGGUCAGAGACCACUUGUCCAUGCACGGGAAGACUGCUGACGUUAUACGGAACGCUGAUAGUAAUCCUGUCCUCCUAACCCUCUACUGGCUGCUAACAACGAUGGCUAGCCUCAUGACGGAAUGCGUGCGUGCGAAAGAGAGCUUCGCAGCCGACGGUAUAGCUGUCUCGCUCCUGCGCCUGUGGCCGUGGUGCAUGAUGACGUCACAGCUGAGGACGGUGGUCGUUCAACUGCUACUGAGCUUCACCAAUGGAUGUCCGGCUGCCUGGUCAGCGAUGUCAUCCUGCGUCGGCGGCCGCAGCCUCAUAGGCGAGGUGUGCGCGCUGGCGUCCCGCGCGCCGCCCCCGCCCCGCGCCCCGCCGCCGCCGCCGCCCGCGCUGCAAGUACUCACGCACUGCUUGGAGAACCACCACUGUCGCGCGCUGGUGCUGAAGAGUGACGUGCUAUCAUGCGUCCACAAGCUGCGUUCAUCCGAGCGGUCUCGCCUCGGCAAGGCGUCCCUAGCCGCCUGGGUCAGCCUCGCUGAAGGAUUAGCAAGAUACAGCGACGGAGCCGCCAGUCUACUGGAGCUACGGAAAGUGCUGGUGACCCCGAUGUUGAGGGGCCAAGUUAUGACGGCUAUAGCGCACGCCGCUCAUCAUCAAAGAAGCGUGUUUUUGCAGAGCCCGGAGCUCCUAGAGUUACUCUCCGGCUCGCUGAUCGCGGGCGCCGCGGGCGAGGUGGCGGCGGCCGCGCGCGCCGUGUGGGCGCUCGCAGCCAACAACCACCGGGCGAAGCUAGCGCUGCGGUCGGCGGGCGUGUCCUCCGCGGCGCACACGGCCCUGGAGCGCCUGCACCGCGGCGGCGGCGGCGGCGACCACGCGUUGCAACUACUCACCUAUGUGAAUACUGUGCUGACCUCCACGUGACUUGCGGUUAGAGAUGUAAGACAUGCUACCCGAUACAAAUUUCUGAGCCUCCAUAUGAUUGAGCCAUUGUUAGCCUUCAUGAAAAUUGUUGAAGCCUUCAGUAACCACAGAGAGUGCCGGCCCUGUCCUUCGGGCCGAUAAUAAUGGCCCCAAUAAACAAA